UCAAAGACAGCAUCCAAUCUUUGUUCAAUUAAAUUGUAUUUAAUUUAUGAAAUAUAUUUUACAAACAAUAUCGAUAAUUAUUAAAAACAAACAUUUUUUCGUGUAAACAGCACUAAUAAAAUUCAAUCUUUCAACUUCGAGGUUAUACACUGCGGCUUCAAAGCUGCCAGAAGCUGACAUGUCGAAAUCAAUUACUUGCACUUAAAAAUCCGACGCGGGUAUCCUAAAAAACAUGCUGCUUACUAAAAAGCAAUUGCACAGAGCAGGAAAAAGUGUGCGGCUAGCCUAAACUCAAUAGAAAAACCCUGUAUAUAAGCUUUGUAAGAGAAUGGAAACCCAAGUUGACCAGGAAUAUGAUGCCGAACAGCAACAAACGACAAUUAAACUUGAAUCCGAUUCGGACAAUGAACAGGAGAUCGUCAUUUCCACAACUACCAGUGAUGCACUCCUUGCCAGUUUGCAGAUGACAUGCCCCGAUAGUGAAGAUUCGUCCAAUGUUUUUCCGGGAAUAACCGAAAUGCCAAGUGCGGUUGCUUUGCACAAUGAGAGCUCUAUGCCAGAAUUUGAACCAUUUAUGAGUAUGUUUACAUCGCUAUCAAAGCAAAUCGCAAACUUUCACGAAACAACCGAUCGCGUCCAAAAGGAUGCUUCGACCAUUAUAGACCGUUUGGAACGAGUCGAGAAAAAAGUGUGCAUUUCGUUAGAAACUUUUAAAAAGGUGAAAGAUAUUGUUGUGAAGAAUGUUCAACCUUCGGAAAAGUCAAAUUUCAUUUUUAAAACGAUAACCAACGAAGAGGAGUUCACAGGGUUCGAUUCCAAGCUUGGCACAGAUAUGAAAUACUAUGAAAAUAUUAAAAAGGGACUUAACAACCAUAUUCCAGCACCGGAUCCAAAUAACCGAAUGCAUCAGAUGAUAGAUUUGAUUUUCGACCGAACAUUUAUGGCACAAUGCAGUUGGUUUGGUACGGGGAAAAGAAUAGCUUUUGGACAACGAAAGAAUAUAUUGAAACUGUUUGAAGAUAUCGGCAGCCAUAAGUUUACUACCAUAAGUGAAAUGUACGUAAAAAAGUUUUUAACAAGAAAGCUGAUUCAUGCCAAGCAAAGGUUAAACGUGAAACAUACUGAAAAGUCGGUUUGUCAUAAGCGAAAAAGAAAUUCUCCUUUGGAACGAGUCGAGGAAAAAGUGGGCAUUUCGUUAGAAACUCUUAACAAGGUGAAAGGUGAACCUUCGGAAAAGUCAAAUUUCAUUUUUAAAACGAUAACCAACGAAGAGGAGUUCACAGUGUUCGAUUCCAAGCUUGGCACAGAUAUGAAAUACUAUGAAAAUAUUAAAAAGGGACUUAACAACCAUAUUCAAGCACCGGAUCCAAAUAACCGGAUGCAUCAGAUGAUAGAUUUGAUUUUCGAUCGAACAUUUAUGGCACAAUGCAGUUGGUUUGGUACGGGGGAAAAAAUAGCUUUUGGACAACGAAAGAAUAUAUUGAAACUGUUUGAAGAUAUCGGCAGCUAUAAAUUUAAUUCCGUUAAUCAAAUGUACGUAAAACAGUUUUUAACAAGAAAGCUGAUUCAUGCCAAGCAAAGGUUAAAUGUGAAACAUAUUGGAAAGUCGGUUUGUCAUAAGCGAAAAAGAAAUAUGGCAACAGUCACUCAAUUCGAAAAUCAAACGAAAUAAAAAUGGAUUAACCUGAUUAACCGCCAAACGUACCAAACGUACAUUUUAUUCAAGACAACACAAGAAAA